AAUUUAUGUGAGAGACUACUACCGGCGGACUCAAUGGUUGUCGCGCUUAUCCCAAUGACGGUCGUGUCUUCUAACGCUCUUCAGCUAAUAGUAAUGACCGUUAUUAAUUGUCUGAAGAGGAUAUUUUUUGUAAUAUGAUUCGAAUCGCCACCAUCUUCCGCAAACUUAACCAUGUGCACAAUCAAUGGCGACGACGUCGCCGUCUAUAAAUUGAAUUAAAAACAAGUCACCUUUUAAAAAAACUUUAAAAAAUCGAAUAUAUCAAAACAAAAGGAGCUAAAUAAAAGAUUAAAUAUGUAUGGCUUACUACUAGAAAAUUUGUCGGAGUAUAUAAAAAAAAUAUAUGGAGAAGAUAGGUGGGAAGAAAUCCGGAGAAUGGCCAAUGUUGAACAACCAAGUUUUAGUGUUCAUCAAGUAUACUGUGAAACUUUAAUACCUAGAUUAGCAAAAAAAUCACAAGAAGCUUUAGGUAUUACUGAAAAAGAAUUUUUUGAACAAAUGGGAGUGCAUUUUGUGAGUUUUGUUGGUCAGUACGGCUAUGAUAGAGUGCUAUCUGUAUUGGGCAGACAUAUGAGAGAUUUUUUAAACGGUUUGGAUAAUUUGCACGAAUAUUUGAAAUUUUCAUAUCCAAGAAUGCAAGCACCUUCAUUCAUCUGUGAAAAUGAAUCCAGGCAAGGGUUAACAUUACAUUAUAGAAGUAAACGUCGAGGAUUUGUUUAUUACACAAUGGGACAAAUCAAAGAAGUGGCUCGACAUUUUUAUCAUAAGGAAAUGCGGAUUGAAUUAGUUCGUGAAGAGAUAUUAAUGGAUACGGUGCAUGUGACAUUUCAAUUGAAAUUCGACAACAGAGCAUUUACUUUAGCAUCAAUGACAAUGACAAGAGAAGAAAAACAUUUACCAAUAAGUGCAUCGGUGCUGUUUGAAAUAUUUCCAUUUUGCAUUGUGUUCAGUUCAAACAUGAUUGUUCAAAGUAUUGGUAAUUCACUUAUGGUUAUCCUACCAAAUUUAGUUGGGAAACAAAUUACAAAUUGGUUUGAUUUAGUCAGGCCUUUAAUAGCAUUUAAGUUUCAAACGAUUUUAAAUCGUACUAACAACAUAUUUGAGUUAGUUACUGUUCAAUCAGUAUUAGCUAAUCGACCUUCAGAAAGACAUGUCAUUUUGAGUGAUGAAUCUUAUUUUUCACCAGAAGAAAAUAAACUUCGACUUAAAGGACAAAUGAUUUAUAUGGAUAAUUGGCAAAUGAUGAUGUACCUUGGUACCCCAGUGAUGCCUGAUCUCAAUGCUUUAGUGACUACUGGUUUAUACAUUAAUGACCUCUCCAUGCAUGACUUUAGCAGAGAUCUGAUGUUAGCAGGAACACAACAGUCGGUUGAACUUAAACUCGCUCUCGAUCAAGAACAAUUAAAAUCUAAAAAGCUCGAAGAAUCUAUGCGUAAGCUAGAUGAGGAGAUGAAACGAACUGACGAACUAUUGUAUCAAAUGAUUCCAAAACAGGUGGCAGAUCGAUUGCGAUCUGGAGAAAAUCCUAUAGAUACAUGUCAGAUGUUUGAUAGUGUGUCAAUACUUUUUUCGGAUAUUGUGACCUUUACUGAAAUUUGCAGUAGGAUCACGCCAAUGGAAGUUGUAUCAAUGCUAAAUGCAAUGUACUCUAUAUUUGAUACACUUACUGAAAGGAAUAAAGUAUACAAGGUUGAAACUAUUGGAGAUGCAUACAUGGUGGUAUCGGGUGCGCCUUUAACUGAAGAUAAUCACGCGGAGAAAGUUUGUGAUAUGGCUUUAGACAUGGUUGAUGCUAUUACAGACCUCAAAGACCCUUCUACAGGGUCUCAUUUGCAAAUACGCAUAGGAGUACAUUCUGGCGCUGUAGUAGCUGGUAUUGUUGGAUUAAAAAUGCCCAGAUAUUGUUUAUUUGGGGACUCAGUUAACACUGCAUCUCGAAUGGAAUCUACCAGCGAAGCUAUGAAAAUACAUAUAUCGCAAACUACUCGUGAUUCAAUAUCAUCCUCUUACACAGUUAAAGAACGUGGUGAAAUUUAUGUUAAAGGAAAAGGUGCUAUGAAAACAUAUUGGUUAGAGCAUAGAGAAAGUAGGCCUCCUUUAAGUCGAGUUUUAACUCCAGGAAAUACAAACUUACCAGAAUUAGAAUGGGAAAAAAGUGCAGAUGCAGUCUUUGAUAUUGUUGAACGUAAUAACGACAUGAACAUUCAAAUGGCUGAAGAAAGAACCAGAACUUAUUCCCCUGUAACAUUUCAAGAAGUUGCUAGGCAUUCAAUAUCUAAAUCACCUAUUAAAGAAUACUAUAGAGAAUGUAGGUCAAACUCGAUAAGUUGCACUCCAAUAGUUUCAAAAAAAGAGUUAGAACGUUUAUCGUUGAUGAAAAGGAGUUCUUCACCACUUUCGAGAUUCCUAAAAAAAAUGGAAACUCCAAUAAUAAAUGAUUCGAAUACAGUAGUGGUUCAAAGAUAUAGAUACACACGAAAUAGAGGCGAAAGUGGAGAAUCUCAAACAGCACCUUCAUCACCUGAAUCACGUAAAGAAGAACAUAUUAUUUGCAACAAGGAAUCACUAAUUAAUAAACUAGAUCAUCCAGCUUUAAUAACAGCUCCCAGAGUUAAUCCUAUAUUGGUGCAUGUAGCCGAUUAUGUAUCAUCUGAUUGUUGCGUUGACAGUUUUGAUUCAGAUGACCAAAAUUUAGUUGAACUUAACCAUUAUGACACUGAGGAAACUUUAACAUUACCGACAAUUUUAUCUCCUACAUCACAAGACGAACAACAACUAGUUCUAGUAGAAGAAGUACCAUCUCCAGCAAUAGUUGUUGUAGUAAGAGAAAAUGCUGCGGGAACACGAAUGGCACCGUCUUUUUCAGAUGGCCAAAUUUGCGAAAAACGUGACAUGGAAACAGCUACAAGUACAACAAGCCUUGACAGACAAACGCAGUGCUGCAUAACUUUCAAAGGGCGUCCGAAAUCAUCCAAAAAACGAUCGUUAUCACACUCUUGCCGUUUAGUGUAAAGUAUUUAAACUGAUUUUUGUGUUUUAGUCUAUAUAAAUAUAUAAUAUUUAAUAAUAUAAGAAUCUUUAUGUUAUUAAGAGAAUGUUGUAAUAUACUCCUAGUCAAAAAUAAAACAUGAUAUACAAUGCUUUUUUUUAACUAAAAUUUUUAGAAUAUUGAUUUUGAAAAAUAAUUUUAGUAAGCAAUACUUUGUGUUUUUCCUUUUACUCAUUAAACUUUAAUUUAGUAACAAGUAAAAUCGAAAUACAUUUUACAGAUCUACAUUGUAAGCUUGCAUUCUCUAAAAUAUACGACUUAUAUUUUGAAUGUUUCAAACUUGAUAUGAAUGUUUCCAGGAAUAAAAAAUACACAUUUAGUAAAAUAAAUUAGUUUGUAGAUUAUUGUUACAAAUGAUUUAAAAAGUAAAUAAAACUCAUAGUUGUAAAUAAUUGGGUAGAAUCAAGACGUCAAAUAUUGAAAUUCGAAUAUUUUUUUUUUUUCAAACAAUCAAAUUCACGUUAUUUACAUAUAUGAUAAUGUAGUAAUGUAGUAUGUAGUAACGUAGAAGUAUGUGUUAUACAUUACACUUUUACAAGUUUUAAAAUUAAAAAUGUUAUGUAAAUAUAAUACUUGUUUUUCAUACUUAAUUUGGCUUCUAAUUUGU